UCGAUAACUAUAAAUAAUUUUGAAUCGAUUACAGCAGCCGGUGUUUUGUUUACAAUUCAUAAAGAAUUAUUGUUAGCAAUGAACGACGAGGAAAUUAUAAAACAACGACUGCUGAUUGACGGCGAUGGCACAGGCGAAGACCGCAGGCUCAACAUGCUUUUGAAGCAGUUUCUGAAAUGGGCCAACUCCAAAAAUGAUUCCCCCGAAACCAACCAAAUAAUGUACGAUCGCCUUAUGGCGCAAUUGGCCCAAUGUCAAUUUGCUGCCAUGAAAAAUGUGCACACCCUAAAUAUGAUCAAGGAGGAGCAGGAAAACUACAGCAAACUGGCUGAAAAGCACAAGGAAAGCAUCGAAAUGGCCAAGGAGGAGAUUGAGGGCAGUAAGAAAGAGCUGAUCGUGGCCAAGGAAAUACGCAAGAAUAAAAUGGAGUACGAUUUGCUCGCCUCUCUUAUUGAGGAGCAACCGGAUCGCAAAGGCACCGAGAAACAAAUUGAAACCAUCAAAAAGGAGAUUGAUAAAUUGACGCAAAAGAAGCUAAAGAUGGAGCACAAAUUUGAGAAACGUCGCAACGAUUUCACUCUACUCAUGUACACAAUACAUGAAUUGGAGCAGCAACUAGAAGAUGGAAACAGUUCAGGAUCGUCGUCAUCGUCCAGUGAAAGCGAUGCCGCAUCCGUAAACAAUGACAAUAAUGGCAUCAUGGAGGUGAGCGACGAAGACGACGAUGAGCUCAACAGCAUGAGUCCCACCAAAUUUGAUAGCAAUCGUGGCAAUGUCAAAGAAAACUCGGCAUCUACAGAAAACUCCAAGGAACCCAUUUCCAUGUCUGUUGAUGAAGAUGCUGUGCUAGAGUUGAGCAUUGAGAAGGAUGAUCACGACGAAGUGGCUGUGGCCAGUUAAAUCAUGUACAAAACAAAACAAUUAAAAUACAACUUUAUAUAUUCAGUU